AUGCCCGACAAGGUCUUCGUCGCCACCCUCGUGGCCGACGCCCUCUUCCUCGCCUCAGGCGCAAUGGAGCUCGGCUUCUCCAUCGCCGCCCUCAACCUCAAGGACAAGGCGCCCACCGACGGCCACGAUGCCACCCGCCACAUCAUCUACCAGCACUUCCCGCUCACCGCCGGCAUCGCAAACGCCAUCCUCGUCCUCGCCACCUUUCUCUUCACCAUCCCCGCCCUCGCCCUCGCCAAGCGCAGCCUGCUCAAGAUCAGCGGCUACUUCAUCACCCUCUGCGCCGUCUUUACGCUUGCCGUCGGGCUGUACCUCUGGAUCAUGACGUUGCGCCUCAAGGAGACGUUUGAGCCGUUUUAUGCGGCGCAGGAUACGACUGUUCAGUCCAUGAUGCAGACUUCGUUCCAAUGCUGCGGCUACCUAAACAGCACAUCCCCCGCCUUCAUCACAGACGAAACAUGUCCCAGCCCAGCCGCCGCCGCCCUCCUCCGCGGCUGCUCCACCAACGUGGCCAGCUUCGCAAACGCCUUCAUCAACGACCUCUUCACAGCCGUCUUUGGCAUGGUUGGCAUCGAUGCCCUGCUCAUCCUGGCCAUUGCCUGUCUCGUCAAGGAGCGCAAGGAGAUGGAGCGCUACUACAUCAUCGAUCAGAAGCGAGACUACGGCCGUCUGUGA